AUGGCUUCGGAUACUUCCAAAACAACAGAACAUGGCGCCUUUCAAAUCGAUAUCUAUGGGCAAUUCAACCCACCUCGAUUCCCAACCGAUCCUACACAAUGGGAACCCCUAGCAAGGCGCUCUGUACCGUCCCCAAAUUUUAUGUAUGUCUACGGUUCUGCGACAACCGGGCAGACGUGUCGCGCAAAUCUCCAAGCCUUCGAGUCGCGCAAGAUUGUACCCCGGAUGCUUGUAGAUGCAAAGGAAAAAUCGACUAGGGUCGAAAUCCUGGGGAAAGAAUAUUCGUCGCCAUUAAUUUGUGCACCUGUUGGUGUACAGAAUAUUAUGAACCCGGAAGGGGAAGAAGCGACUGCCAAGGCUUGUGCAAAUCUGGGAAUUCCGUAUAUUCUAAGCACUGCGUCCACAAGAUCUAUUGAACAAGCAGCGGAGGCGUCGGGUGACGGUGAUAGAUGGUAUCAAUUGUAUUGGCCAAAAACAGACGAAAUCACAAUAAGUUUAUUGGAUAGGGCUUGGAAUAGUGGGUAUAAUGUUCUGGUUGUGACACUGGACACAUUUCAACUUGGAUAUAGGCCAGGAGAUUUAGAUAAUUGCUAUCUGCCUUUUAUCUGGGGAGAAGGGUGCCAAAUCGGGUUCUCCGACCCAGUAUUUCAACGACUUUAUGACGCUGGAAAGUACAAUGACCCAAACAAACCAAGUUCCGUUUUUGAUCUGCUCGGAAGGGCAGCAAAUCCUUUCCAGGCCUGCAAACUUCUUUACAAUGCUCUUACCAUCAAAAAAUCUCUAGCCUGGAUAUCGGAAAUAUCAGGCGCCAAUUAUAAAACCUGGAAAGAUCUUGCAUUUUUGAAAGAACACUGGCCAGGGAAAAUACUGUUAAAGGGUAUCCAAAGUGUCGACGAUGCAAAGAUCGCUGCUGGCAUGAGGGGUACCAUCGAUGGUAUCAUUGUUAGCAACCAUGGUGGGCGGCAGGUGGACGGCGCUAUAGCGAGUCUCGACGCUUUAGAGAGGAUUGCAUCCGACGAAACAGUUAAGAAUAGUCACUUAACUAUUCUUUUCGAUAGUGGAAUAAGGACUGGCAGCGACGUACUAAAAGCAAUGGCCCUUGGGGCUCAGGGUGUCUUAAUCGGACGGCCAAUGAUGUGGGGCCUUGCAAUGGGAGGCGAGCUUGGAGUCGAGCACAUUUUUAAGUGUUUGCGGGCCGAUUUAGAGAUCAACAUGGCCCUUGCUGGUAUCAAAGAUAUAAAGAGUGUCGACCGCAAUAUCUUGGCUUUCGAGGCCCCAGCGAAACUAUGA